AUGAGAGUGGCCCUCCUGGCCUUUAGACUGAUGUGCUUGGCCUGGUUGUGGCCCGUCACCUACAACAGCAGCCAUUUCCCGAAGAGGAGACACAAGGAGCAGUACGGGGAGAACACCAAACAGAAGCACGGAGGACGAGUGGAUCUUAAGAUGAAAAAGUUGGACAGCACCAAGUCUCUGCUAAUUAAAUCUGAGCAGCUGCUUCGGAUUGAAGACCAUGACUUUGCCAUGCGGCCUGGCUUUGGAGGUUCGGCUAUCCCUGUCGGCAUCGAUGUCCAGGUGGAGAGCAUUGACAGUAUAUCUGAAGUCAACAUGGACUUCACCAUGACUUUGUACCUGAGGCAUUACUGGCAGGACGACCGCCUGGCCUUCCCCUCCAGCAGCAACAAGAGUCGCACCUUCGAUGCACGUCUUGUGAAGAAGAUUUGGGUUCCAGACGUGUUCUUUGUCCACUCUAAGCGUUCUUUUAUCCAUGACACAACAAUGGAGAACAUCAUGUUGAGGGUUUUUCCUGAUGGCAAUAUCCUCUACAGUGUCAGGAUCACUGUGACUGCUCUUUGCUCAAUGGACUUCAGUAGUUUCCCUCUGGACACACAGAAUUGCUCUCUGGAGCUGGAGAGCUAUGCUUACAAUGAGAACGACCUAAUGCUCUACUGGAAGAAUGGGAACGAUUCAUUAAGGACUGAUGAGAUCGUGCUCUCUCAGUUUUUUAUUGAAGACUUCCAGCCUUCCUUUGGGCUUGCCUUCUACAGCAGUACUGGUUGGUACAAUCGGCUCUACAUAAACUUCAUUCUCAGGAGGCAUAUCUUCUUCUUCAUGCUUCAGACGUACUUUCCCACCAUGCUGAUGGUGAUGCUGUCCUGGGUGUCUUUCUGGAUUGACAGGAGGGCCGUACCUGCCCGUGUUUCUCUGGGCAUCACCACGGUUCUGACAAUGUCCACCAUCAUCACCGGUGUCUCAGCCUCUAUGCCGCAGGUGUCUUACGUCAAAGCCGUAGACAUCUACUUGUGGGCAAGCUUCCUGUUUGUCUUCCUGUCUGUCAUUGAGUAUGCCGCUGUCAACUAUUUCACCACAGUGGAGGAGAUGAAGAAGCUCAAGAGGGCAAAGAUCCCCAGCUCUUUCAACGCCACGCAAGCUAUGGCGUUCGAUGGCUGUUUCCAUGACAAUGAGAUUGACCUGACUUCUUUGCCAGAGGUCUCCAGCACCCCAAACACAGAGAGGAACACCCAGUCUCGAAACUCUACUGUCUCCGGACCCACAGAAGGAACCAGGCUGCGCCGCAAGCACCCUUUAAAACAAAACCUCAGCUUCAUUAGGAGCAACAGCUACAUGAUCGACUCCUACUCCAGAGUUAUAUUUCCCCUGGCCUACCUGCUCUUCAACAUCAUUUACUGGAGUCUGUAUGCAUAGUGCAUGAACUAUGCAGCACAAUGAACAGUAUUUCUCUUUGACUAUUUUCACCAUUAUACAGUGUAACACCCGCAGGCUGCAACAAGCUGACUUAUAAUACUCUGUUCUGCUAUGACCUCAAGUUUGCACAGUGUCUGCUGAUGAGCAUAGAUAUCUCACACGAUGUCUUCUACUCAAGGAAUGUCCAGUUGUAACUUGGAGAAAAUCUGAGAUCAGCUGAUGCACUGAAUGGCUGUUAUUUUUGCAGAUGUUUACGUAUGUUUCUGGCAUGCCUGUUUUAUAAGAGAAAAGGUUUUAUUCAAACAAAUAUAUUUAUUUUGUUUCUUGAUUAGACACAAAACAUCAAACUGUAUAAUUACUGUACAUUGUCUUAAAAAAUAA